CAGAUUGUCCUAUAUGAAUGUACUUCACCCGGCCGGCCGCCUCUCGCUCAGGUAGACGGGACGCGCCGCGGAAAGUCUUCUCUCUGGACCUGCAGACCUGUCCAUCAUGGAGGUGAAUGGCACGGCAGACAUUUUGAGCUCUGCCUACCUGGCAGUGGAGUACGUUGAUGGGGUGCUGCCAGAGAACCCCUUCCAGCCCUCCCUGAAACAUGCCUGGGGCUACAUGCUGGACAACUACACCAAAUUCCAGAUUGCCACCUGGGGGUCGCUCAUCGUCCAUGAGUUCAUCUACUUCCUGUUCUGCCUGCCUGGUUUCCUCUUCCAGUUCAUGCCCUUCAUGCAGAAAUACAAGAUCCAACAGGACAAGCCAGAGACCUGGGAGAAACAGUGGAGAUGUUUCAAGAUGCUGCUGUUUAACCACUUCUGUAUCCAGCUGCCGUUGAUCUGUGGGACCUACUACUUCACCGAGUUCUUUAACAUCCCCUACGACUGGGACUCCAUGCCACGCUGGCCGUACGUCUUGGCUCAGUGCUUCGGCUGUGCUGUUGUCGAAGACACCUGGCACUACUUCCUCCAUCGCCUGCUGCAUCACCGCAGGAUCUACAAAUAUAUCCACAAAGUCCACCAUGAGUUCACCGCUCCGUUCGGCAUGCAGGCCGAAUACGCUCAUCCUGCUGAGACUAUCAUCCUGGGAGCUGGUUUCUUCAUCGGCAUCAUGAUCUUCUGCAACCACGUGUUCUUCCUGUGGGCCUGGGUGUCGUUCCGCCUGCUGGAGACCAUCGAUGUCCACAGUGGUUACGACAUCCCUCUGAACCCGCUCCACCUGAUCCCAUUCUAUGCCGGCACCCGCUUCCACGACUUCCACCACAUGAACUUCGUGGGGAACUACGCCUCCACCUUCACCUGGUGGGACAAGCUGCUGAAGACGGACAGCCAGUACAACAAGUACAUGCAGAAACAGGGAGACAAGAAGGAGCAGUAAACCACUCUGUGCCUCUGCUCAUACACUCACCUGGUCUGUCAGGAGGAGAAGGGAGCUCUGCAGACACACAAACUCUUCCUCACACACACACUAAAAGUGUACUUUGAAUGAAUCAGAGCUGCUGUGGGUUUGAUUCUGAACCGGACUGCGUGUUGACUUCAGUCCGACUUCUGUGCCUUUCUGCAAAAGAAGUACUUUUGUCUUCUUCUGUCAACAGCUGCUGGCUGAAUAAAAACCAUCAACAUCCUCA